AUGAGUGACGAGCAGUCGUUUACGGUCGAGAUCCCGAUUCGACCCCGGGAGCCACGCCAUCGCGACUCGACCUUUGCCUCGCAUGCCAAAAUCGAGGAGGUGGUUCACUCACCACCAUUUGAACACCAUUUCCGCCUGUCGCAACCUCAGCAACACCAGCCCAAAUGCCCAGAGGGCCUCAAGAUAAUUUCAGGCGUCUAUGGAAAGACGUUUCGCGACCGGUCGCCGACCUCAUCGACCAUGAGCUCAACGCAUGUCCCAGACUCAGCGACCACCUGUUCAAUGCCCAUGUCCCCCACUUCAUCGACCUUCACCAGGGCCACAACUCCCGACAUCGACGGCCCUGAGCGCUUGCCGACGCCAUUUCUCGCAUCGCGUUCCGGCACAAGCGGACAUCGUUACAGAGAGUCAUGCGAUUCGGGGUCAACCUUUGUAGAUUCCAUCAUGGGCGAGAGGUUUCCGGCGUAUCCGGAUUGCAUCGGCGCGGGGCACAAGGAGGAUCCACUGCCGCGAAUGGACAUCAGUGAGCCGGAGGCUGACGGGCAAAAUGACAUGCCUCACGCGGCGGGCACCCCAAGGCCACCGUCGCCGGGCGAAAUGCCCGAGUCGCCCCGCGAGGACCGGCUGCCGCCCCGACCCCUGAAUGAAAGAAUGAGCUUUGACUCCGGCUCCGAUCGUCUUUCGCGUGCAUGGGAGCCGAUUACACCGACACCCAUUGACUUCUCCAACGAGGAAGCCGAUGCCAUCCUCGACUAUGUCUUGCAAGUGACCUACGGUGUGGAACUGGAAGAGGUCACCAUGCCACCGGCCUUCCUCCGUCAUUUCGUCUUCAGAUUUAUCCAGGACAUUGGCAGAUUUGCUUUUAAUGGAUUCCCUGCUGGAACACAACUAACUCACACACAAUCCACAUCAUCGAAUGGCUCGAUGGCCCUGGCUCGGAGGUCAGGAUCAGGUCGAGGGUCCCAAAACGGCAAGCGCAAGAAGAGCGAUACUGGCCGUGCUGAUGGUGACGAUGAUGGUGAUGACUUGACGGAUGAUGAUGGCGACUCAAGCGUGCCGUUCAAGAGGGCUAGGCCAACGCCGCGGGAAGCAGAGGAAAAUCUGCGACUGAGCUGUCCAUUUCGAAAGAGGAAUCCGCACAGAUUCAACGUCCGAGAGCAUCACUCGUGUGCAAUGACUUACUUCCCCAAGUUUGCCGAGCUGAGACAACACAUUGUCAAGCAACAUAAGCGCAACGACCCGUCAUCCUUCAUGUGCGACCGCUGUAACCGAGACUUCCCCAGCAAGAAGGAUCUCAGAGACCACCAACGUCUACCAAAGGAGCAGAUGUGUGACGUCGCCGACCAUGACCCAGAGUCCGGCAUCGACGGCCCCACAAUGACGAAGCUUCUCAGCAGGAAGCGAGCCAGCGGCAUGAGCACCGAAGUACAAUGGAAAGAGAUUUGGAACCUGUUGUUCCCUGACGACGAUGACUACAGGGUUCAACCUUUUGACUUCUGCCCUGUCAUCGAGCAUUUCGAGUUGCAAAACCAGUUCAUGAACAGCCUGAAGGAUGUUGAGGACAGUCUGCGAAACAAGGGAAUGACCCCACAAGCAUUGGAGACCAUUGGAAACAUCUAUCGCAACCAGUUCAUCCAGGUCAUUGAACAAUGCAUCGCCAAUGCACAGAAUAUGCCCUACUCGAAUCGAAGCAACCGAAAGAACGAGCCAUCGCCGUCACGCCUCCUGGCCCCGCGCCACUUGACUCGCACUGUCCCUCGUCCAGACUCUGGUGUAGAUGUCGACGAGGGCUCUGAAGACAGCCAGUCUGUCGCCGUUUUCCCUGGAGGCCCAUUUGACGGACAGGGCAUGCUCGGCCAUUCGGAUAGUGUCCGGACGGUCAGGAGAGCAUCAUCGACCCCUGAGGAAUUCAGAGGCUCUGUUCCGCCGAGAACGCUGCAGCCCCUGAUCGAACAGCCGCCCGCAUCCGAAUUCGGUCUCGCAGGCUCUCCCCCACUGCAGAAGCAAUCACCAUCGCAACAGCAGUUACCUCAGCAGCCGCCAAUGUUUGACCACCAGGCUGAAUUCUUGCCGAUGGCGAAUGGCAUUACGCCGGAGAUGGCUGCUCAACUAUGGGGCUACCGUGAUGGUAACGUAGUGCCAAGCUCAGUACCAUCACCAGGUCAGAUGAGUAUGUACGCGCCAGUGAUUGACGCGAAUGGGCAGCCCCAGUUCCUGGAUUGGAAUGCGGGGCUGCAGGAUCAUAAUGGGAUAUACGACUUCUCAGGGUACGUGCCUCGGUAG